AAUUCAAAGGCUUUUGAAGAACAUUUCAUUAUAAAAGAAAAGAAGGCUCUUGCUGUUUAAUACACAUCUCAAUUUUCACAGACUGUCCUGUUUCGAAUCAAUCAAUGGCAGAAGUAACAAAGAGGUAUGCAGUUGUUACUGGAGCAAACAAAGGCAUAGGAUUGGAAACUAUCAGGCAGUUGGCCUCAAAGGGGUUCACCGUAGUCUUAACUGCCCGAGAUGAGAAGAGGGGUCUUGAAGCUGUUGAGAAACUCAAAGAGUCUGGCCUCUCUGGUCAAGUGGUUUUUCAUCAACUUGAUGUACCUAACCCUGCUACUGUUGCUUCCUUGGCAGACUUCAUCAAAACCCAGUUUGGGAAACUCGAUACCUUGGUGAACAAUGCAGGGAUUGGUGGAAGCAUAGUAGAUGGUGAUGCUUUAAAAGCUGCUGUAGCCUCUGGUGCCAUGGAAAGAGGAGAAGUUGAUUUGAGUAAACUAAUGACUGAAACUUAUGAGUUAACAGAAGAAUGCUUGCAAAUAAACUAUUAUGGUGCUAAAAGAACAGCUGAAGCACUUAUCCCACUCCUCCAGUUAUCUGACUCACCGAGAAUUGUUAAUGUUUCAUCUUCCAUGGGGAAGUUAGAGAAGAUACCAAGCGAUCGGGCUAGAGGAGUUUUUACUGAUGCUGAAAACCUAACAGAAGAGAGAGUAGAUGAGGUACUGACCGAGCUUCUAAAAGACUUCAAGGAGGGUUCACUUGAAAGGAAGGGCUGGCCUUCUUCUAUGCCUGCCUAUACAGUCUCAAAAGCAGCACUGAACGCAUAUACAAGAAUUCUAGCAAAGAAGUACCUCAAUUUUCGUAUCAAUUCAGUCUGCCCUGGCUUUGUCAAAACAGAUAUAAACUUCAAUGCCGGCUUCUUGCCUGUCGAAGAAGGUGGUGCCAGGGUUGUGAAGUUAGCAUUGCUGCCCAAUGGUGGCCCUACUGGCUCCUUCUUUGUUCACAAUGAAGUGUCGGAUCUUUGAUUGAAGAAGAUCCAUUUAUGCAAAUUUAAUACGAUUCGCUUAUUGGGCAACAUCUUGUACUGUAAUGUAAUUUUAAGUAUUUUGGACACCAACAGAUCCUUUUGACGUUCUUUCUACAUUCAAUAAGAGGAUGGCAUAUAUGAUGUUUUCUCUA